AUGGGCAAUUUUCUUUCGCGAGAAGAACAAUUGGAAUUCAUGGAAACACAAUCCAUGCGCAAUAGUUCUGAUGAAAUAAAGAGGAAUAUUAACGCACCUGAUGCCGUUGAAAACGGAAAAGCGCCAAUAGAAGAGCUAAAAGUUGAAUCAAAAGUUCCAGAAAAUCCUUUUGAUCUUGAGGCGAUAAAGCCACCCUUGAUGCAUCCCUUCUUGUUUAUUGAAGAUAUUUGCAUAAUGUUUAACAUUGAGCGGCCA